AUGAUCCUCAACAAAAAUGCGCAACUACGUGAUAUGGCCUUUUUUGGAAUUCUUGAAAAAGGUCGAAUAAAUAGUCAAAUAGGCCCUCGUCAAAUUAGGAGCUGUGGUGCAGUGGUUAAGAAGGGGGAUGGCUCCGGUGCUCGAUUUCCAUCAGACACUAACACGGUCAAACUUGUGAUCCAAUCAUUACACCCGACUCGUUAUAUGACCUUUCAAUGA